AUGUAAAAAAAAAAUGGCAGCGGCCUCAACAGUGAAAGGUAGUUUACAUUUGUUUCCGUUUGUUUUGGCAUUUUAUUAUAACCAAUUUUACCUGGCACGCUCUCUUUGUUAUACAGUAAAGUUGAAUAAUUAACGUGGAGUUUAAUUAUUGUAUUAUUAUCAUAUACAAAAAAGACGAACACGAUUUUAUUAUGAGAAUUGUCAUAGAAAUCUGAUGUUUGUGCGUAAGCAAACUAUGAUAUGGCUAACUCUUGACGCAAAGUUUUUUACUGUGACUAUGUGAUCAUGAAUGAGAUGAUCUGAUGGAAUUACGUUAAUUUACACGCAAAGGAAGAACAAGGAAGAACAGAUGACAUAACCAAAGGAACAUGAGAGUCAGUUUCAUUUGUCCCGGAAACUCCCUGCCAGAAUGACCGAAAAUAAGUGUUCCCGUAAAGAUGAACAAGAUUCUUCGGACGACUACUUGGAAGAAACUUGUAUUUUCUGUACCAUCGCAAACGGCGACGAUCCAUACACUGAAAUAUUGGCGGAAGAUGAGGACAUUGUUUGUUUCAAGGACAUUAAUCCAGGUGCACCUCAUCACUACCUGGUUAUACCAAAGAAACAUAUCUACAGCUGUUUGUCACUCCAAGCAGAUGAUAUAAGUCUAGUUAGGAGGAUGGCAGAGAUGGGAAGAGAUGUACUGAAAGCCAAGGAUGUCACAGAUUUGGAAGACAUCAGCCAAGGUUUCCAUGUGCCUCCAUAUAUCACCGUCCCCCACCUGCACUUGCAUGUUCUUGCACCUUUCAGUGAAAUAUUUAUAUGGUCAAAGGAAAAGUAUACAAGCUUCUGGUACCUCACUGAGGCGAAGUUGCGUCACAAACUGACAAAGAAUAAAAAGUCGGAUGAUUGGAAAAGGACAUGUAAUAAAUGCAUGCAGAAAUGUGGAGCUAUGUGAGCCUUAUGACUGAAGAAACUUGAAAUCACAAGCCACUUUAGUGAAGAUGAAUGGUCUGUUCGUUUUCAGCCUCAAAAGCCAGCAUAUAACAUUUUAUUGUAUGUUUUUUUAAUGCUAAAGUAUUUUUAAAAUGGGAAUGGAUGCACUAGAACUGAUAAUUACUAUUUAUAAAGCGACAUUUAAGUGUACUCUAAUCAAUAAGCAUUUAUUAUUAAACGGAUGAAAAUGUUAAUUUUUGUGUAAUUGAUUGUUACAUAUUCUUUUGUGAAAGUUUUAUCAUACAGUGAGCCAUAAACAACUUGUUAAUUGAUUGUCACACCA